CGAACGCUUCGAAGCAUCGGCACAGCACGUGGCAUCACUACGUUUCUCAUUUAUCGUUGGCUCUUGGAUAUUUGUAAAAUGUCUGAGCUUCAGGAUCGUUCAGAUGUCCAACAGCUGAUGGUGAUCAAAAAAGAGGCUCUCCCUGAGCUGCAAGAGAAGAGCUCCAGUCUGAAACAGGAGGAGUCUCCUGAACCAGCAGACAUUAAGGAGGAACAGGAGGAACUGUGGAUCAGUCAGGAGAGAGAGCAGCUUCAAGAACCAGGGGAGGCUGGUAUCAGCAUGUUCACAUUCCCUUCUGUGUCUGUGAAGGGUGACGAAGAGGAUGGAGAGAAACCUCAGUCCUCACAGCUUGAUGAGAAACAAAGUGAAGAGAACAGAGUCACAGAGAAUUUGAAAACCGAAUCUGAUGUUGAUGACUGUGGGGGAUCAGGAGCUGACAGUCAUUUACAGCCAGUUACUUCUGGCACAGCUUUAGACCCUUCUGGAUCCAAGACUGAUGACGGUGCUGAUUGGGAGGAGAGUGAUGAAACUCCGAAAGGUUUAGAGCCUCUGCAAAACAACCACACAGCUGUAUGUGAUAUGACAUUUGCCCAUGGAAAGCCAUCAGUGAUUCUUUCUGCAGCAAGCGUUGGACAGAAGAAACAAGUAGAGAAACACAAAGGAGCCCACGCAGGGGAGAAACCAUUUGGUUGUACAGUUUGUGGUAAAAGAUUUUCCUUUAAAGGAAAUCUGAAGACCCACUUGAGUAUCCACACAGGGGAGCGACAAUUUGGUUGCUCAGUUUGUGGUAAAAGAUUUUUUCGUCAAGGACAUCUGAAGAAACACUUGACUGUUCAUACAGGGGAGAAACCAUUUAGUUGUUCAAUUUGUGGAAAAGGUUUUCGUUUCAAAUAUUUGUUGGUGGCGCACAACAGAGACCAUACAGGAGAGAAACCAUUUAGUUGUUCAACUUGUGGAAAAUGUUUUCGUUUCAAAUAUUUGUUGGUGGUGCACAACAGAAUCCAUACAGGAGAGCAACCAUUUAGUUGUUCAAUUUGUGGAAAAUGUUUUCGUUUCAAGUAUUUGUUGGUGACGCACAACAGAAUCCAUACAGGGGAGAAACCAUUUAGCUGUUCAGUUUGUAAGAAAGGAUUUACUGAGAAGAAAAAGCUGAAUCAGCACAUGAAUAUCCAUUCAAGGGAGAAACCUGUUAGCUGCUCAGUUUGUGGUAAAGGAUUUUCCCGCCAAGAACAUCUGAAGACCCACUUGACUCUCCAUACUGGGGACAAGCCAUUCUAUUGUUCAGUUUGUAAGAAAUUUUUUAGAUUGAAACGGACACUUCUGACGCACAAGAGAGUUCACACAUUGGAGAAGCAAUUUAGCUGUUUAGUUUGUGGUAGAACAUUUUCUUACAAAGAAAGUCUGAAGAACCACAUGAAUGUCCACACAGGGGAGACACCAUAUAACUGCUCAGUUUGUAAGAAAGGAUUUUCCCAAGAGGGAAAGCUGAAGGAACACUUGGUUGUCCACACAGGGGAGAGACCAUUUAGCUGUUCAGUAUGUGGUAAAAAAUUUUCCUAUCGGAAAAAUCUGCAAACCCACUUGACUUUUCACACACAGGAAAAACCUUUUAGCUGUUCAGUUUGUCAGAAGAAAUAUUCUCGCCAACACCUUUUGAAGCAACACAUGAAUGUCCACACAGAAAACAAACAAUGCUCAUUUUGUAACAAAAUGUUUUCCAAUCAGGGACAUCUACAUGAACACUUGAUUACCCACACUGGGGAGAAACCAUUUAGUUGUUCGGUUUGUGGUAACAGAUUUACUCGUAAAGGAAGUCUGAAGUUGCACAUGAGUAUCCACACAGGGGACAAACCAUUCAGCUGUACAGUUUGUCAUAAAAGAUACAACCAACAGGGACCGCUGAAGGCACAUUUGCUUUCCCACACAGGGGAGAAACCUUUUAGCUGUUCACUUUGUGGUAAAAGAUUUUUUCAAAAAAGAAGCCUGAAGCUGCACAUGAAUUUACACACAGGGGAGAAACUUUUUAGUUGCUCAGUUUGUAAGAAAGAGUUUUCCACACAGAGAUAUCUCAAUGACCACUUGAUUAGCCACACUGGAGAGAAGUCUUUUAGCUGUUCAGUUUGUGGUAAAAGACUUGCUCGCAAAGGGUCUCUUAAGCAGCACAUGAAGAAUAUCCACUCAGGGGAGAUACCAUAGAGUUGCUCAAUUCUUGAGAAAGGAUUUUCCCAACAGGGGAAGCUGAAUGAACACUUGGUUGUCCACACAGGGUAGAAAUGAUUUAUUUCUACUCAAGUAAAUUUUAAUUAAAGUAACUGUAUUUUUACUUGAGUGCAGUCAUUUGGUACUUUUACACCUCUGUCAUUGUCUUUUGAUAAAUCCAUUGAACGUAUUUCAGUUGCAAUGCUUGAUCAAGUCGGGGAUACUCCCUCCAGUGGGCAACAUGUAUUUUCUGUUUGUGUUGUUUAUGUUGUAUCUGUUUUUUGGGACCCCCUUGAAAAUGAGAUCCUGCAUCUCAAGGGGUUAUCCUUGAAUAAAUUCAAUUCAAUUCAAACUGGUAACUACAUCUAAGUCACAUUAACCACAAAACUGCAUUUAAAGUUGAUCUAUUAUUUCUUAAAUUAUUUUUUAGAUUUCCCAUUUUAGAAUCCUUUCUUCCUCUGUUCCUUGCGUCAUAGCUCUUUCCAGGGAGGAAUUGAGAGAGAGAUGCGAGGCAGACAGAGGGGGCACAACUUAGUGAAUGAGAAAUCCUUCACUUCCUAGCUGAUUGAUGUCAGGAACUGAAAAUGAGCUGAUCAGCUGGUUCACCUCAGAGUCUAAACAUUUAAGGGACACUUCAACAUUUUGGCAAA